AUCGCACAACUAGAAGCACGUACGCCACUAUACUAUUCCCAGUGGAGCCCUCAUCACAACUCAGAGCAACAGCAAUGGCUGAGCUGAAGCUAUGCUUGUGCUUCUUGCUCCUCUGUGUACAUGUCCAUCAUGCGACCGCUAUCUCGUUCAGCUACAACUCCUUCCGCUCCGGUGAUUUCAGAGAGGAGGAUGACGCGAUGGUCACCGACGGCAGGAUUGAGCUCGUUGGCGACGAGGCCGGCGGUCGAGCAAGGGGCCGCGUCCUGUACAAGCAGGCGGUGCAGCUCUGGGACGGCGUCAAGGGCGAGACGGCCAGCUUCACCACGAGCUUCAACUUCAGCAUCCAGUCCCUGCCUGGCCGGAGCAGCACCCCCGGGCACGGCAUGACGUUCUUCGUCGCGCCCUACAUGCCCGAAAUGCCGCAGGAGUCCUACGACGGCUGCCUUGGGCUCUUCGACGAGAAACAUGCCCCGAAGAACGGGACGACGAUUAUCUCGGCCAACGCCUCCGGCAGCGCCAGCUUCGUCGCCGUAGAGUUCGACACCCACCGUGACGCGUGGGACCCCAGCAGCCGGCACAUCGGCGUAGACGUGAACAACGUCGACUCACGCGGCAACUUCAGGAUCUUGCCGGAAGGCAGCCUCGUGGACGCCGGCGUGAUGUCUUCGACGGUGACCUACGACAACGCCACGUCGUGGCUGGACGUCGUCCUCCGCGUCAGUGGUGCCAAGUAUGCCCUCGGCGCCACCGUCGACUUGCGAAGCUUGCUGCCGGAGCAGGUCGCGUUAGGCUUCUCGGCGGCCACCGGUGAUGCCUUCGGCAGCAGUCACACGUUACUCUCGUGGUCCUUCCACUCCACGCUCCCGACAAGGAACUACACGGCCCUCCCAUCUACCUCGUCAACCAAGAAGGCCACCCUACCACUCAUAGCCGGGGUUGCCGCCGCAGCCGUGGUGGCGCUCCUGCUCGCGGUCACCGUGGCGGUGCUGCUCCGUCGUGCGAGCAGGAGAAACAGGCAAACAGACGACAAAGACAUGCUCGCCGGCGACAUGACUCCGGACUCCCUCGAUGCCGACGGCGAUGAGCUCGGUUCCAGCACGGGACCCCGGCCGAUCCCGUACGCCAGCCUGGCGGCGGCGGCGAGGAACUUCGCGGAGGAAGGGAAGCUGGGGCAGGGCGGAUCCGGGUCGGUGUACCGGGGCCACAUGAAAGAGCUCGGCGGCCGCGAUGUCGCGGUCAAGGUAUUCCUGCGAGGGGCGUCCUUGGAGGGGAGGAAGGAGUACAGGUCGGAGGUCACCAUCAUCAGCAGACUGCGUCACCGGAAUCUUGUGCAGCUAAUCGGCUGGUGCCAUGGCCGCAGGCGGCUGCUGCUGGUCUACGAGCUCGUCCACAACGGCAGCCUCGAUGGGUACCUCUACAGCAACACCAAAAACGACGUUCUGACUUGGCAAGUUAGAUACCAGAUCAUUCUUGGACUGGCGUCUGCCGUGCUGUACCUCCACCAAGAAUGGGAUCAAUGCGUCGUCCAUGGUGACAUUAAGCCGAGCAACAUCAUGCUGGACGAGUCCUUCAACACCAAGCUAGGCGACUUUGGCCUGUCGCGGCUCAUCGACCACGGCAUGAGCUUGCAGACAAUGACCGCCAUGGCUGGUACCCCGGGCUACCUCGACCCAGAGUGCGUCAUCACCGGCAAGGCGUCCACGGAGUCCGACAUGUACAGCUUCGGUGUCACGCUGCUGGAGAUCGUGUGCGGGCGGCGACCGAUGGCGCCGCCCAGCGCCGGUGCGAGGGACGGCCAGGUGUUCCGGCUGCUGGAGUGGGUUUGGGACCUCUAUGGCAGGGGCGCCGCCCUCGACGCGGCUGACGAGCGUCUCGGCGGCGUGUUCGACCGGUGGGAGAUGGAGAGGGUGGUAGCCGUUGGGCUGUGGUCCGCGCACCCAAACCCAAAGAUGAGGCCGGCGAUGAGGCAGGCCGCCGAGGCGCUGCAGUCAAGGAAGUUCAGGAUGCCGGUGCUGCCGCCCAAGAUGCCGGUGGCCGUGUACCUGCAGCCUUUCGGAGAUUCCGCCAUGGAGUACGGCGACAGCACCACCACGGUCGGGUCCGGGGUUACCACGCAGCUGCAGUACUCGUCGACCAGCUGUACAACAGCGACGCAAUCUUCAAAUACUAGCAUGCCGGCGGCUGUAAGUGAGGAGUUGAACCCCAAUAUAGAGUAGUGGACUUCAGAAUUCAGAUCGUGGUGGGCGGAAAAGAAGAGUUCCGCUCCAGAAUAUUUGUACUGUCGAGUUAUACAGGGAUCAAUGCAGUCACGUUGCUUGUAACUGCACUAAUAGAUUUUAUAAACUACUUCCUUCGUCCCAUAAUGUAACACUACACUAACGUCUUACUCCCUCCAUUCCUAAAUAUUUGUCUUUUUAGAUAUUUCAAAUGGAGUACCACAUACGGAUGUAUAUAGACAUACUUUAGAGUGUAGAUUCACUCAUUUUGCUCCGUAUGUAGUCACCUUGUUGAAAUCUCUAGAAAGACAAAUAUUUAGGAACGGAGGGAGUACAUUACGACUUUAUGGGACGGAGUAGUAGAUUGUACCCCGCGCUGGUUGGUUUUGGAAUCGGUUGCAACAUAAUUUAUUGAAAUGCAGUUGUAUGGCAUAUGAAUAUUUGAAUUAAUAUUGAGAUGUGAACUGGUCUUUUCUUUGGAAGAACCAAAAAGGGGAAGAGAAUAAUUAUAUACAGUUGUUUGGCUGUGAGAUUGGUUCUCUCCCGUUUAGUUAUCUAGGAAUACCGAUUCAUCACCGUAAGCUAACAAACAAAGAGUGGAAGUGCAUUGGG